CGCCGUUAUUUCUUAUUUAUUAAUGCUUUAAAGUAAAAAGAACGUUAUUUAAAAUCGUUGUUGAUGAUACAAAUUUCAUAAAUUAAUGUAUAAAGUUAUUUAAACUUAAAUUAUUUGCGAAUCGUUUAUUUACCUGAACGUCCGGCAAUAAAAUGAAUUUCUUCCGUAAGGUUUUUGGAUGCAAGAAAAAAGAAACAAAGGAACCAGAUCAGAAACCAUCGACCAGAUCAUUGACUGAAGUUGAUGUAUUGGUAAAAUUGCGAUCCGUUGAACAAUUGUUGAUGGCAAGACGUGAAAUAUUGGAUAUUAAUAUAAAAAAGGAGUUGGCUACAAUAAAACAAAAUAUUAUCAGUAACAAACGAGUUGCGCUGAACGCGUUAAAACGGAAAAUCUGUUACGAUAAACAUUCAUCCCAGAUCGAAGGUAUUUUAUUGAUAGUCAUAAAACAACGUUUAGCCUUAGAAAGUGCUAACACAAACACAAUUUUGGUUAAUGUGAUGAAAUCGAGUUUAAGCACCGUCAAAAUGUCCAAUGAAAAUAUAAAUAUAGAUGAUAUUCAUAAUAUGAUUGAUGAUAUUACAAAGUCACAUGGUUUAACUCAAGAAAUAUCAGCAGCCUUUUGUAAUUCAACCAGUUUGGAAACAGAUGAAGAUGAGAAGGAAUUACGAAAAGAAUUCAAAAAUCUUGAAUUAGAAGAAUUGGAUGAACAAGUAAUGAACAUGGAUCGGAUUCUAGCUGUAAAUUAUCCAUUGCCAGUUAUGCCAACAUUUGAACCUCUUGCACAAAUGAAAAAAACAUCUGAACGGAGAAAUUCCACGAUGUCAUGAAAGCAUGAAAUGGACUUAAAUGAUAAUAGUGAUUUGUCGAACAUUGUGGAUAAUUUCUUAUAAUAAACUUAAACAACUUCUUUGUGAGUAACCCAAGCUCCUCUCAAAAUCUAUUAAGAAUUCAAUAAUUUAUAACUGCUUUAAAAUAUAAAUGUGCCUUUCAUCAAGCUAACCUCCAGCUACCUGUAAAAAAUGUUAAUUUUUUUUUCACUUAUAGGAAUUGUUAUUAAUACAGUUAUCAAUAAAAUAUUAUAUAAUAUGGAUGGGAAUUUUUUUAUUUUAAAAUGAUUAUUGCUGUUUUAUUUUGUAUUAUUAUUAGGGAAUUUUGUAAUCAAAUAAUAUAUUGAUAAAUAAUUUUUUUUCAGUUUUAUUCAUAAAUGUAUUGUA